AAAGUUUCAUGAAAAAUCAUAAAUGUUGGUGCAUCACAGUAACGUACUAGUAUAUCACACAAUGUUAUUAAAAUAAUAAGUUGGAUGCCUUACCCUGCUCUCAGUGAUGUUAGAUCAAGGUCAAACGGGUCUCCAUCAACAUCCGUAUCAUCAUCAAUGAGCCUCUUUUUUGCACCAUGUCCACUGCUGCAGGUGCUGGCUUCCGAUUGAGGUGUCUUAGUCUUUGCUUUCUGUUGCGGUGUCUUCACCUUUGGCUUUGGCAAUGGUGUUUUCACUUUUGGAGUGACUUUGGCUGUUUCUUCUACUUUGGACUUUGAGGGUGUAGAUUGAAGUUCCAUCGGUGAAUAAAAUUUCUAUAUCAUCUGUCGAAGCAUCUUCGUCCAGUGCCUUCAUCAACUUCAGUUCCGCUUGUACUAUUCCAUCGCCAUCUUUUUUCUCUAGAAAAUCAAACAAGACAGAAUUUGAACGUUUUUGAAGUUUAGUAUUUUCAGUGUUUAGAUAUAAUGCCUACACAACAACAAAAAAAAGAUUUUUGUAUGUCAAAAUUCUACAUUGGGUCCUCGGAAUAUUGGCUUGAAAAAAUCAAAAUGGCGGCUUACCGUCCAUUGCCAAAAUCAUGCCAUGGUAUGACUUCUUUGCUUGCUGCUUCAUCUUGGCCUGUACUUUCAUUCCAACUGCAUAGGGAGGCGCAGAAACAACACACUCUGCAGGAAGUACAUUAUACUGACAACUUUCUUUAUACCAGUAUAUUAGGAAAUACAUCUUCUGAUUUUGUUCGUCUUGAUAGUUCAAAUGUUUUUGUGAAAAGUGGGGAAGUUGGUGGAUUAAUAUGCAUAAGUAGUGCAAAAAGUAAUCUCACUCUAAUUUUGGGUUUACCACAAUAUAUUUCAAUUGAAUCUUAUUCAAUCGACAUGAAAUGUGUUGGGUUAACUAAUUUUUUUGAUAGUUUUGCCAUUUCUAACC